AUGACAGUGAAUAACCAACAAACUGCCGUGCACAGGUGGAUCUCGCGGAUAAUAAUCGCUACGUUCAUUGUAUUCAUUUUCCUGAAUCUGCCGACCAUCUGCGGGGCUCACGAGGGCGAAUCGCCAAGUUACAAGUACUCCAAGGCGGCCAAUGAGAUUUACCAGAAGCAGCAUCAGCAUCAGCACGAGCAUGAACAUUCCGGCUCCACGCAAGCGAGCGCCUCACACAAAUACAGUGACGUCGUUUUGAAAGCUGUUGGCUCGACUUUGAUCAUAUCCGCUGCGCCGUUCCUCAUCCUGUUCUUCGUGCCACUGGACAAUACCAAGCAACGCGAGUCGUUGCUGAAGAUCCUCUUGAGCUUCGCAUCUGGUGGUCUUCUGGGCGACGCGUUUCUUCAUCUUAUUCCGCAUGCGUUGAUUCCUCAUUCUCAUGAGGCUUCUUCAGAGUCACAUUCACAUUCCCAUUCCCAUAGCCAUGAUCAUGGUGACGAUGAGUUGGGACACCACAAGCAUGAUAUGUCAGUUGGUCUGUGUGUGCUGCUGGGCAUAAUAGUAUUCUUAACGGUGGAGAAAGCAGUGCGUAUUAUUAAGGGCGAUCAUAGUCACUCGCAUGUCUUCCAAGAAAAAAAGGAAGAUACUUCAUCGAAAGAGAAGAAAGGGGAGAAGAAAGACAGUGGCAAAGCAAUUUCUAAAGCACAGAAGGUACAUGAAGGUGACAUAAAGAUUGCUGGCUACCUGAACUUGGUUGCGGACUUUCUGCAUAACUUUACAGACGGCCUGGCUAUAGGAGCCAGCUACAUGGCUGGGAAUAGUAUCGGUUAUAUAACAACAUUCACGAUCUUGCUGCACGAGAUUCCACAUGAGAUCGGCGAUUUCGCGAUCUUGGUGCAAAGCGGAUAUAGCAAGAGAAAGGCUAUGAUGUUGCAGUUGAUCACCGCUGUGGGAGCUUUAUUAGGAACUUCCGUUUCAUUGUUGGCGGAAGGAAUGGGCGACCUUGCGACAAAAUGGAUUCUCCCGUUCACUGCAGGAGGCUUUAUUUACAUUGCAACAGUCUCGGUGAUACCAGAACUCUUGACUGCCACUAAACUGUGGCAAUCGGUUAUGGAGAUUUCCGCUCUGCUUUUCGGAGUAUACAUGAUGGUCCUUAUAGCAGAUUAUGAAUAAAAAACAGAUUUAUUAUGAGAUAUUACUUUUGAAUAAUUUAUUUUAUACUCAAUUAUUGUGAACUGAAGAAAAGAAUGAUUACUUAUUACUUAAAUGAUAGCACAGAAGACUAAUUUGCUUUUCACAAGGAUAUGCAUGAUUGCAUUUAUUGGAAAAGAAUGAUAUCUUAUUUUUUCUCAGAAACAUAGAUACCAGUGACAUAAAUAAGAGUAUCGAUAUUUUAUAUUUACAUGAUAAAACGUGGCAUUUGUGUUUUAUAAACAGACAAAUGGAAUUGCAUGAAAGCAAGUAUAUUUUAUGAAAGUAUAUUAUAUAAUCCAUUAUUUUUUCAUUAAAAAGGAAAUUUUGUGAUCUUGUGAAAUAUGAGGCAGAUAUAGAGAUAUAUCAAGGGGCACGGCGGUGUCUCGCGCCAAGUGUACGCGCAGCGCGAGAAGACACGGUGCCUCUUUUACGCGAGGCGACGUUUUAAGAUUUACAUUAUAAAGAAUGUUAUGAUUAUUAGUUAUUUUACAGAAUACACACAUGCAUACUGCCGCUGCAUAUUA